CAUUAACGUAUCUCAGACAACAGAGAGCACGAAACGACAACCUUGUCUCGCUGCAUGUUUGGUACCAACCCCCCAGCGAUGUUGUUGCCAAAGAGAUCACUUCCUGUAGUUUGUUGGAGAAAGAAGAAGCACACCUUGGAACUACACCAUGGACGACAAACACAUGUACGACAAUGGCGGCUGUUGUCGGCAUGAGAACCUUUCAGAGGAGCUUUGGAUGCAGAUUCUGAGUUACGUUCCGGUCCUCGAAAUUCUACAAUCUUGUUGUCGGGUGUCCAAGUCGUUCCAUCGAUUGGUGAUCCCCCAGUCGUACUGGUUGUUCCACGCCGAGGCAUUGCUGCAAGACACUCGUCGACGACAUGGCAAUGGCGAUGAUUGGAGUUGGUUGGAACGCAUUCACCUCAAUGAUCACCAAUUGCAACGGUUGUGUAUCUUGUUGAGUGGCGCUGCUCCCACCCACGAUACCAUGGACGACAAUGACGACAAUGACGACGACAAUAACAACAAUCUUCCAGCAGGCCUUUACUAUGGCAGUCGUCUGAUGAACCGAUCGGGAGCCGAAGCUAUUCGACAGCGAAAUUACGCCAGCAACAACAACAAUAUUCAAGACGGAACGGCAUUUGAAAUUCAUCGUCGUCGCGUCUGUUUGGCAAGCUCCACCGAUAAUCCCAGCGAAUUACUGGAAAACGUAUUGAGUGGCCUUGGUAACAACCACGGUGAAUUUCUACAAAAUUUGGCUCUUUUUGGAUUACGACAACGUGGAUAUCAAAAGUGGUGGUCAUCCAAGCCCUCGCGGGUUCAAGACAGUACCGACACACUUUUGUUUACCACCGAUUGCCCAUUGGCCGUCUUGUCCCAUUUGAAAUGGCGUCCAUUGCUCGAUCCAUUUACACGACGACAAACGUAUACGUGGCACUAUGCCCUGGUCAAAGCCUAUCGAUUGCCUCUGCAUAAAUUAGAUCCGGAACCCACGGCGGAAGGAGCGGGCUUUCCGUGCACCGUGGAUGCACUACCAAAUGGGUAUCGUCACCAAAGAACUCGUCCUGGUUUGGUCAGUGACGAGAACAAUCAAUCCACACGCCAAGAAGGAACCGCUCUGAAAAUGGUCCUGGAAGGAGAGACACCCGUCUUUGAAUCACCACGGCUGCCCUACACGCUGCUCCAACAGCCGCGACAGAAUCGAACUCUGCAACGCAACAUUCCGUGGCAACAUUUGGUCUUUCCCCCGUCGUUGAUUGCCAAUGUGGUCACCGUCACGUUAGUCGGAAAGAACAGUCGCCAAUUCUCUCAUUCCGGGUUUUAUGCCUGCGUCGAACAGGUGAGACUGGAAGGGAUUCCUCUCUUAAAGACACCGCAGGAGGCUGCCCGCAUGGGUGACAUGAUGAAUGAUGAUGGCCAACCGCAGCAGCAGCAACCAGCACGGGAUGAGAACAUCUACUUGAACGACCUUAUAGACGAAGUGAUCAACGAACGGCGGAUCAACGAACAGCAAAAUGCGUGAGCAGGACUAUCCACGUUAUUGAAAUCACUGCCGGUAUUGCCUGUUGUCAGCUAUUAAAACAGUGUUGCUUCAUUUGACGCACGAGCUAGAGCAGCUGUGGCCUGCAAUUCUAGAAUGAAUAGAAAAAAAAUACGAAUGCUUGCUUGCUCCGAGAGCAUAAUAACAUCAAUGAAUGGUGAUAUUGUGCCACCUAAUCAUAUGUAGAGGACCAUUCGACCGCGUCGAAAUUACCUAGAUCUCCUUGAUGCGCAAAAAGCGCACAGAGCCAUUGUGUCUGGAGGACACCGCAUGGAUGUGUCCUUUCUCAGCUUUGUUGUUUAUAUUAACAAGAGCUUUUGUGGGUCCUCCAUUGACAGAUCCAUCCACCUCCACAAUAUGGUUUUUAACAUUCAAUGUCAACGUGACUUGUGAGCCUGCUUCAAAUGUAGGAAUAUCACCUCGAAUUUUUUUACCACAACACUCCACAAGCCCCUCUGCACAAUACGACACUCCCGGACAUUGCGCAUCAUCAGAGCAACAUUUGCUUCCGAGCUGUCCUGGAACCGCCAUCCCAAGCCAGACAUUGUCAGCAUCCUUCAAAAUUUCAAUGGUCCAUUCAACUUUCUUCCCUAUUUUGAUGGGAGGAUACUUCAACAGGUCAGUCUUCAUAUCCCCAAUAGCUGAAAUUGCUGUUCCUGAACUGGUCCAGACCGGUGUUGAUGCUAUGGCUGUUCGUGCAAGCCUGCCAUACUUUUCCUUGGCACGAAGUGCUUGGAUCUGAAAUGAAUUGUAUACUUGCUGGGUUCCGGCAAGACCAGAUGGUAACACAGUUGAGGUCAAAAAGUCUGGGUCAAGUUCAUCCAGGCAGAUGUGUUUUUGUACUAGCGUUUUGGCGUGUUUCUCUUUCUCUUCAUCUGGCCCGGCCCAACACUGCAGGAUUUCAAAUAGAAGGUGCUGGUCCCGGUUUGUCUUGGGUGUCAUCUUUGACAAUUUCUUCCAGUUUAGUUUCAUUGAUGGCUGCCACCCAAUUUUUGUCUUCUUUAAUGCAUUCUCGAUUAGUUCGAACAAUGUCGAGGGCAAGGCUCAUGACUUCCUCCUCUAGGAUGGUGGAUUCCUGACAGGUCUCCAGGACUAUGAACGAUAGUGCGGGCAUCUCGUUCAGUGCAUGAACGAUGGCGUUUAAGGCUUUCUUAUAUGUUAUGUGCACUUGUCGUUGUGUAUCAUUUCCAAGAUUCCAAGAUGCAGAUUCCUAAGAAUCAGCAUUUUCAUUGCUGAUUCUUAAAGAGUAUGAUUCAUAUGCCCUCUGGGUCGUCUCCGUUUCCAGU